AGAAAUAAAGUCACGUCCGUACACCUACUUGUGCUUGCAAUUUGGCUUUAAUGGGGUGUUGUAAGUAACACAUAACUUCACAGAACCAUCUCUUAGUUCCUCAAGUUCUGGCAUGUGCUAGGAAUUGCUUGUGGCCAAUUCCAAUCUCAGUGUGUUGCAACUUUGAUUGGAAUGUAGCAGCAGCCAUGGUUCUUUUUCCAUCUCUUCUCAAUGGAUUUGCAAGAAAGAAAAGUUGUCCAAACGAUGAUGACAAUGAUGAAAGGAAAGCCGUGAAAGCACUCGCGAAGGAAGCAAGGAAGAAUGGCUUGUUAUUGAGUUCAUCAGGAACUGUUAAGUCUUCCAAGGCCAACAACUUUGCCUCAGUUUUCACAAAGAAGGGCCAGAAAGGAGUCAAUCAAGAUCGCCUCAUUGUUUGGGAGGAAUUUGGUUGGCAAGAAGACAUGAUAUUGUGUGGAGUUUUUGAUGGACAUGGCCCUUGGGGACACUAUGUGUCCAAAAGUGUCAUGAAACUUGUCCCUGCCUCUUUGCUAUGCAAUUUGAAGGAAAAUCUUGCUGCAACAUCUCUUGACCUGAAUUACAAGAUGGAAGCAGAUAGGAGGAACCACCAUGAAUUUGACAUAUGGAAGCAGGCAUGCAUAAAGACUUGUGCUGCUGUUGAUCAUCAUCUAAAGCAGAAUACUGGGAUUGAUUCCUUUCAAAGUGGUACUACAGCUUUGACAGUUAUCAAACAGGGUGAAGAUCUGAUUAUAUCAAACUUAGGAGAUUCAAGGGCAGUAUUGGCAACAACUUUAGAUGGUGGCACACUAAGUGCCCUUCAGCUUACAACUGACAUGAAGCCAAAUUUACCUAAGGAGGCAGAGAGGAUAAUGGAAUCAAGAGGGAGGGUGUUUUGUCUAGAAGAUGAGCCAGGAGUGUAUAGGGUGUGGAUGCCAAAUGGUAAAACACCAGGACUUGCAAUAUCAAGAGCAUUGGGUGAUUAUUGUGUCAAGGAUUUUGGACUAAUCUCUGUGCCUGAAGUCACUCAAAGGAAGCUAAACUCUAGAGAUCAAUUUCUCAUCUUGGCUAGUGAUGGGGUAUGGGAUGUAAUUUCGAACCAAGAAGCAGUGAAAAUCGUUGGUUCAAGUGAAGAGAAAGGAAAAGCUGCCGAGAGAUUGGUGAAAUGCGCUAAGCAUGAAUGGAAGAGGAAGCGAAGAGGCAUUGCCAUUGAUGACAUCUCAGCUAUCUGCCUCUUCUUUCAGCCCCAUAAUAACUUUCUCACAUCACCAUCAUAUAAUGUAUAGCCAUGUUAGCACACACUUUUAAUAAUGUCUCAAUUUUGAACUGUGUUCUUCUAUGUAUCAUGCUGUCAUAGUGUAAUAUGAAGCUAUUUGUCUCCAAUAAAAUCACAAGCUUCUCUUA